AUGGGAGACCUGAGCUCUGAAGCCGAGGUUGACAACAAUCCCAUCCGCCAACACGCUCAAGAAAUCCUCGAUGACACCUCCAUCGAAAUUGUCAUCAAAUUCCCUCCCGCCCAGCACACCCAAACCUGGAACUUCUCUCCCUCCGACACCUUUGCCCAUCUCAUUCAGGCUCUCUCUCUGGAGUUCCCCUCCUACGACUGGUCCAAGGCCAAAGCCCUUCCCGAAAAGAAGCCCCAACCACAAGGGUCAGGCGGCGUCAAGCCCAAGGCAGUCUAUACCCCCUCAGCAGAUGGCCCCCUCUCCUUGAGUGUUCUCCAUGGGGCAACACUCCGCUUCCUCGCCCCUCAGACAUCGGACCUGGAGACACUCCAAAAACAACAACACUCCUCCACAACUCAACAAGCCCGCCGGAUUUUAGCUAGGGCCCACCAACUCCGCAACGCAGCCCGCCCUCUAUCUCGCUCCUCCGGCCCCCGAAUCGCCACCCUCUCCUCUCCCUCAGGCCCAUCCCUAUCCGAAGAAUACACCUUCCAGACCCUCCGGCCCCUCUCCCACCUCCCUAACAGCCACACUUCUUUGUCUAUUCUCGAAAAGCUAAAAAAUGAUCCCGGCAUCCGCCACGCAAUGUCCCACUUCCGCCUACGCGUACAGCUCCUGACCGAAAUGGACCCCCUCACUUACACGUCCGUCUCCCGCUCCGGUGACAGCGUGACGCGCAUCCUAGGCCUAAACCGCAACCAAGGCGAGGUGAUUGAGCUCAGAUUACGUUUGGAGAGCACGAUGCAAACUUCUGGAGGUUUUGCAAGGAGAUUGAGAGGGAGGUUGAGAAGGGGGAUUAAUUGGGGGAGAGGAAAAGGAAGAGUUGUGGGAGAUGGGGAAGGGGGCGAGGAGUUUGCUCCUGCUAGGGACGGCGAGGACGAAACUGAGGAAGAAGGGAUGGUGCAGGAUCAUGGGGGAUGGUAUGGGGGGACGUAUGUGUUGGGAGGAGGGGAAAGUGGUAGUAGUGGGACGGGAGGGAGGCAGGAUGUCAGUCCGGAGAGGAUGAGAGCAUUGGUUGCUGCUGCGGCGGAGUUGAGGAUGAGGAAGGAGAGGGAGGCGAGGGAGAGACUAGAGAGAGAAGAGCGGAAGAAAAGGGAAGAGGAGGGAGAGAAGAGAGACGGUUAG